CCCCCAGAGCCUGAGGAGGAGAUCAUUGCUGAGGAUUACGACGAUGCCCACGUGGAUUACGAGGCCUCGCGGCUCGAGGGGCUGAUGCCGCCUUGGUACAAAGUGAUCGACCCCACCUGCGGCCUGCCCUACUACUGGAACGUGGAGACCGACCUGGUGUCGUGGCUGUCACCGAACGACCCCAACUCCGUCAUCACCAAACCCGCCAAGAGAGUCAAGGGGAACCCAGAGCCCGAGGAGCCCCCGGAGAGGAGCCACGAGAAGGAGGAGCCGCGCGAGCGCCGCGGCCACCGGCGCGAGGAGCUGGCGCCGUACCCCAAGGGCAAGAAAGGUGGCCGCAAGGACGAGGAGCUGGACCCCAUGGACCCCAGCGCUUACUCGGACGCGCCCCGCGGCACCUGGUCCACGGGGCUCCCGAAGCGCAACGAGGCCAAG